AGGACAGAGAGGUCGGACGGGGAAUGGGAGGGGGAGUUGAAGUGCUAUUAACUCGGCUGUUCAGGCAGGUGCAGCAGGCAGUGAAGAAAGCAAAUGGUAUGUUAGCAUUCAUAGCAAAAGGAUUUGAGUAUAAGAGCAGGGAGGUUCUACUGCAGUUGUACAGGGUCUUGGUGAGACCACACCUGGAGUAUUGCGUACAGUUUUGGUCUCCUAAUCUGAGGAAAGACAUUCUUGCCAUAGAGGGAGUACAGAAGGCUCACCAGACUGAUUCCUGGCAGGACUUUCAUAUGAAGAAAGACUGGAUAGACUCAGCUUGUACACGAUAUAAUUUAGAAGAUUGAGGGGGGAUCUUAUAGAAACUUACAACAUUCUUAAGGGGUUGGACAGGCUAGAUGCAGGAAGAUUAUUCCCGAUGUUGGGGAAGUCCAGAACUAGGGGUCACACAGUUUAAGGAUAAGAGGGAAGUCUUUUAGGACCGAGAUGAGAAAAUCAUUUUUUACACAGAGUGGUGAAUCUGUGGAAUUCUCUGCCACAGAAGGUAGUUGAGGCCAGUUCAUUGGCUAUAUUUAAGAGGGAGUUAGAUGUGGCCCUUGUGGCUAAAGGGAAUCAGGGGGUAUGGAAAGAAGGCAGGGAUGGGAUACUGAGUUGGAUGGUCAGAUCGAAUGGCGGUGCAGGCUCGAAGGGCCGAAUGGCCUACUCCUGCACCUAUUUUCUAUGUUUCUAUGUCUAUGUAAGCCACCCGUGAGACGCCAGAAGAUUUGGGAUUGGCCGAUGUUGUGCUUCUAUUAAGAAGGCUUACACAGGAAAACCUGGGAAUGAUCGACCAGUGAAUCAUGUUACUGGAGGGGAUUCAACAGGGGUUGAACGGCUCCAAUUCUCAGUCCGCAAUGUGAACCAAAGAUUAUAGAGGAGCGGUGUGAACCAAAGAUCUUAGAUCCGAUCUUUGGCCGGAAACAAGAUGGCCGAACAAGAUGGCGGGGGCUGGUUGCUAAAAUUAGUCCUAUAAUCACCCAUGAAUCUGCCCAUGAGCGUACUAUAAGUUUGCGUGAGAGUAAUCCAUCUUGCUUUGCUCUAAGAUCUUUGGUGUGAACCGGGCAGAAUCCCGGGUAAUGCGAACGACUUCUAAUUGGUGGAAGGGGGGAUUGUUGCGUCCCCUCAGAUAUCCAAUCAGAACGUCUGAAAGUUGUAAUUAUUCGUGUCUCAAACCGACCAAUAGAAUUUGUUCCUGCUCUAUCCUACAUUAGCAUAGGGCGACGGCGCUGUCUAUUUAAUCCGCGCUCCGAAUAACUGUUUCUGUCUUCGAUUGAAAUCCUCUGAGAAAAUGCCUGAGCAGCUGAAAACAGCUCCCAAGAAGGGCGCUAAGAAAACCUUACCGAAGCCAGUGGGCAAAAAACGCAAGAAGUCGAGGAAACAGAGUUACUCCAUCUACAUCUACAAAGUGAUGAAGCAGGUUCACCCUGACACCGGCAUCUCUUCCAAGGCGAUGGGCAUUAUGAGCUCGUUCGUCAAUGAUAUUUUUGAGCGCAUCGCGGGCGAGGCGUCCCGCCUGGCCCAUUACAACAAGCGGUCCACCAUCAGUUCCCGGGAGAUCCAGACCGCCGUGCGCCUGCUUCUGCCUGGGGAGCUGGCCAAACACGCCGUGUCCGAAGGGACAAAGGCGGUUACCAAGUACACCAACUCCAAAUAAAUAUCCACUGGGUACGGACAAAACAAAUUGAAAACCCAACGGUUCUUUUCAGAACCACGUACAUUUUCGAUAAAGAGUAAAAUGUCAAGUAAUUCAAACACGUUGUUCUUCUAAUUUAAUAACCUUUUUUUUUCCAGAUUUAAGCAUCCGCUGGCCGGGAUACACCCCGCAUAACUGCAGAAUUCCUACG